AGCUAAAGGGGUAUAUCUAACCCAGAUCAGGAACAUGACGAGGGGCAGAGAAUCAGGCCCCCUUCUCCAGCACUGCAGUUCCAAUCCAGAUGGGUGUCCCUAGAGUCCCAUUUACACACAAGAGUUAAUUGUGCUCUUAUUGAAAUAUGUCCUUUGACUCAAAGACAGGGAGGAAAGGUAGAAGUUUAUAAAAAAUACGAGCAAUGUGGAGAGAUUUUUCUCUGUCUCGUGACUCUAGAACUCAGAGCCUCCCCCACGGAAGUGAUUGGCAGGACAUUCAGACUAAAGGAAAAGGAAGCAUUAUUUUCAUUCAGGCCAUGCAAAAUCUGUGGAACUCACUGCAACAGGGUGUAGUGAAUUAAUGAGGAGUGGAGCACAGCACAGAGUGAACUUCCGAAGCAACCAAGGGAUAAAAUGUGGGGAAAUCCACUUGUCUCUAGCCACACUAGAGUUAUAAACUAGGCUCAUUCACACGUUAUGUUGGACACUCGUACAAUGAGUGUACAAGCACAGAUCUGUACACAGGUACCGUCAUUCAUGCUGAACACAGGCACACCAGAAGCAUGCUUCCUAUCUGCACCGUGCAUUGGAAGGGCCUGUAUCCAGGUUCACUUAUAAAAUAAACCAGGUAGAGUCAUUCACACAAACACAUAUGCAAGUAUUCAGACAUCUAUACACUCGUGCAGCACAAUGUCUGAAUCGGACUAAAGGCAUGAGGAUACCAGCUACUUUGUCUUCAGUUUCUCUCCUGGAUACAGCCUAUUAAAAGAGCUAUUCAGUGUCUGCAAAGGAUGGGACCUCCCUCUUCAGAGACAUCUCCCCAGAAGAACUCCAUUUCCAGAUUGCAUCUUAGUAAGAAGUUGGCAACAGGGUGUUGUUGGGCAUCAGCUCGGCAUGAGCUCACCGUGGUUUUAUGCCUUCCUCUCAUUUUUCCAAAGCCGUCCAAUUUUAGCAGCCUAAACUAGAAAGGCUACCGUUAAGACAUCCCAAAAAUAAUAGCAAAAAAAAAAAAAAAAAAGAGCCAACAACACAGCACGCUGAUCCUCUUCCAGCUCUGGUCAAGUUGACAGGCUUCUCUUAUUUCCCCGAUUGAGGGGAAAGUGUCCAAACCAAUGGAAGACGGAGUGGGGAAAAGGCCUCCUAUAUAGCCCUCCUGAUCUUCUUCUCUGCUUCAGUUUCAAAGCGACUUACCCUCUGCUUCCUCAGGACUCCCCUGGCCCUGAACUUUGCAAGGAGGUCGUCCCAGUCCCCUUCCUGGAGUCUUUCUGUUCUGGAGAAAUGCCCGCACUCACCUCGGUGCUUCUGUCCUUGGUUGUGCUUGAUUAUGUCGCAGCUCAAGGCGAAUGGACGUCAUGGUUCAACGUGGACCACCCUGGCGGCGAGGGUGACUUUGAGACCCUGGAAGCCAUCCGCUUCUACUACCGGGAGCGGGUGUGUGCCCGGCCCACAGACAUCCAAGCCCGGACCACGGAGUGGGAGCUACCCGAGGAGGUGGGAGAAGUCGUCCGGUACAAUGCCCAGGAAGGCUUCCGUUGCCUGAACCACGAGCAGCCGGGUGGGAAAAGCUGCUCCAAUUACCACGUCCGUUUCCUCUGCCCCCCAGAUCCCACGGACUGGCUGGGAUGGUCGGACUGGGCUGCCUGGAGCUCCUGUUCCCGGACAGCUUGUGGCAAAAGUGGCACCCAGACCCGGCAACGCAGCUGCUUGAAUGGCUCGGGUUCGGCCUUGGCGCAGUUGCCGAAGUGCCCAGGGAAAUCGACGGAGCGCCGGGUCUGCAUGACGGAACCCUGCCCAGAGGCCAAGUGGAGCAGCUGGGGAGCCUGGAGUCCCUGCUCCAAGAGUUGUGGCAGUGGUGGGAAGCGUCUGCGUCGGAGGAGCUGCCCCAAAUCCAAGCUCUCUCGGUGUGCCGGGCGUCCCUCGGAGGUGCAGAAAUGCUCUCAGCUGCCCUGCCCAGCCUGCCAGCUCAGCUGCGACAUGGGCAUUCCCAGCAAGGACUGCAGCGGCUGCGUCUGCCCCAACCACACUCUCCUGGGCACGGUCCGGAGCGCCGAAGGGAUGGCUCUCGCCGACGCCCGGAUUUUCCUCGCAGAACGGCCUCUGGCACUGCUGGCCCGCAGUGACUACCGGGGCCAAUUCACCAUCCGCGGCAUCUGUGCGGGGAGCAGUGCCAACAUCAGUGCGAAACGCGAGAGGUUUGCCCAGGCGGACGCCUCGGUCAGCGCCAAUAGUUCGCGAACAUCUUGGGCCGAGAUUGUGCUCCAUUGGCUCGAAAAACCAUACGUGGUGGCCCAUCCCGAAUCUAAGGUGAGGACCAUUGGACAGAAGGUGCGGUUCUGCUGUCACAUCCGGGGCACCCCUGAACCGAAGAAAUACUACUGGUAUCACAACGGGACGCUGCUGGACCGGAAGACGUACAAGUACGACCACAGCUUGAUCCUGCGAAAGCUGAAUUUGCAGCACGCUGGUUCAUACCACUGCAAAGCCAGCAGCGAUGUGGGCUCCAUCAAAUCGUCCGCGGCUCGCUUGACGGUCAUAGACCCUGGAGUGCCAGCUUGUUCAGCCCAGCCAGAGGAAUACCUCAUCCGGCUUCCUGACGACUGUUUCCAGGAGGAGACCAGCUCUUAUUUCUACAACGUUGGCCGUUGCCCCGAUGCCCGCUGUGCCGGGAGCCUGGCCGACAGUCUUCAGUGCCAAGAUGGCACUGAGCAUUGCUGCACAACGCGGCGCAUGGAGGAGCGGGAGAUCCAUUGUGUCGGCUACAUCCUGCCCGUCAAAGUGGUCGCCGAGUGUGGGUGUGCCCCCUGCACCCACCCGAAGGUCUUGGUCCGCGGGAAAGCGUCGGCAGCCGACAACGGGGAACCCCUGCGCUUUGGCGAGAUCUACCUGGGGGUGGAGAAGAUCGGCUUCACUGGCUACCAGGGCACCUUCACCAUUGAGGUGCCGCCCGACACGAAGCGUUUGGUGGUCAAAUUUGUGGAUCGGAUGCAGAAGUUUGUGGACACCGUCAAGGUCUUCCCUUUUGACCAACGUGGUGGGGCUGUCUACCAGGACGUCAAGCUGAUGAGGAGGAAGAAGCCCGUUGAUCUGGAGGCGCGGGAGACCAAUGUCAUCCCACUGGGAGAGGUUGCUGGGGAAGACCCUGUUGGUGAGAUAAUCAUCCCUCCGGGCUCGUUCUUCAGGCCUGAUGGACAAGCCUACAACGGCACAGUAAAGGCCAGCGUUACCUUCCUGGACCCCCGGGACAUUGCCACGGUGAACGCUGCCUCCAGUGACCUGAAUUUCAUCAACGCUGAAGGCGAUCUCUUCCCCCUCAGGACUUACGGUAUGUUUUCGGUGGACUUCUGGGAGGAGGAGACCCACCGGGGCUUAGAAACGGGUCGCGUGGAGGUGAAGAUGGAUGCCGAGCUGAUCAAGAUGCCCGACCACCUCCAGAAGAUGAAGCUGUGGUCCCUCAACCCCGCAACGGGACUGUGGGAGGAGGAAGGGUCCUUCAGGCCCAUGAAGGAGAGGCGUGGGAAGCGCGAGGAAAGGGCCUUUCUCAUUGGCAACCUGGAGAUUCGUGAAAGGCGCCUGUUUAACCUGGACGUCCCGGAGAACCGCCGCUGUUUUGUCAAAGUCCGGGCCUACAUCAAUGAGAAAUUCAACCCCAGUGAGCAGCUGGAGGGGGUAGUGAUUACCCUCAUCAACCUUGAGCCAAGGCCUGGCUACCCAUCCAACCCUCAGGCCUGGGGUCGGUUUGACAGCGUAGUGACAGGCCGCAACGGUGCUUGCUUGCCUGCUUUCUGCGACAGCCAGCGGGCCGAUGCGUACACAGCCUACGUCACGGCUACCAUGGGAGGGGAAGAGCUGGAGGCUGUGCCCUCCAGCCCGAAACUCAACCCUGGCGCGGUGGGAGUCUCCCAGCCUUACCUCAACAAACUUGGCUACCGGCGGAGUGACCACGAGGACCCUGCCCUCAAGAAGACGGCCUUCAAGGUGAACCUGGCCAAGCCUAACCAGAACAACAUCGACGAGACCAACGGGCCCAUCUAUCCCUACCGGAGCCUGAGGGAAUGUGAAGCCGCACCGGUCACGGCCAACCAUUUCCGGUUCUACCGGGUGGAAGUGGAUAAAUAUGAGUACAAUGUGGUCCCUUUCAAGGAGAGCGACCUGACCACCUGGACUGGGGACUACCUCUCCUGGUGGCCCAACCCUCAGGAGUUCCGGGCCUGCUACAUCAAGGUGAAGAUUAACGGGCCUCAAGAAUAUAUGGUGAGGUCACGGAACGUGGGGGGAAGCCAUCCAAGGACUCGGGGACAGCUUUACGGCUUACGGGACUCCCGUAGCGUCCGGGACCUGGAGGUCUACAACAGCUCAGCGGCUUGUGUGGAAUUCAAGUGCAGUGGGAUGUUGUAUGACCAAGGACUGGUGGACAGGACUUUGGUGUCCAUCAUCCCUCAGGGGAGUUGCUACCGGACGGCUGUCAACAGCUACCUGAGAGAGUACCUCGGCCGUCACCCCCCCGUGGUGGAGAACAACGACACGGCAGCCUUCACCAUGUUGGCCCCGGUGGACCCGCUGGGCCACAACUACGGCAUCUACACCGUGACGGACCAGAACCCUCGCCUCGCCAAGGAGAUCGCCAUCGGGCGCUGCUUCGACGGCACCUCGGACGGCUUCUCGCGUGCAAUGAGGUCGGAGAGGGGCACGGCCCUGACUUUCACUUGCCACGAGAAGCCCGUGGGGCGGAAGAGCUUCUUCCAGCGUCUCCUUGAAACCCCCGCCCAGACGCUGACUGAGAUCCGGCGUGAGAUGGGUGGCAACGAACAGCUGCGGGGCCCCUCGCGAGUGGUGGCCUACCCAUCAGGGUUACGGACCGUGUUCCCCACGCCGACCCGACGGACCCCCAGCGGCCGGAGGAGGGUGGGCACUGCCCGGACCCGGCAGUGAACAAAUGUGGAGGACUGUUCGGCCACGUUCCUGCCCCCCAACACAUUCCACAGCUUCCUAACGUUGAGGACAACCAUGGGGAGUCUCUCACUGUGGCAGGUAGUACCCUGUGCCACAGGCCUAUUCUCUAGAACCUGCCGCACAAUAAGACAUCAUUUGCUCAUUGUCUGACAUCUUCAUAUCUGCCACUGCUCCCCCUUCUAACCCCACCUCUGCCUCCUAGACCGUGCCCCCCAAGAGCUUUCUCCUGGCCUCCUCCUUGACCCCUGACCACACCCCGGGACUUUCCCACCCUCCAGUUCUCAGACAGCAGCAGCCAUUUGCUGCCAGAUAUUUGCUUAUCCCCAAUGAUGUCGCUGUAUCUGACAUCCCAGUUGACCCUAGAACCACCCCCGCCCGACGGUGGCUCUGUUGUACGGUGUGGACAUAGAAACAACGCUAGCAAAAUGUCACAAGAAGCGGCGUUGGAAGAGUGUCAGGGUUCUUGCCAGGGGAACAUGUGGAGAUUUUCAAGGGAAGCCAAUCCAGUUUCUAAAAGACAAGCAGGCGGAAGGGGUGAGUGGGUCGGGGUGGUUCUGUACAUCCCUGUGUGGACAUAAACACAGAAGCAGCACCCUGAUGGACCAGCCCAACUUUCUGUCUAGGUUAGCAACCCUUGUCCAUUAGUGGCUUCCCAGAGAGCUCUGAAAUGCCACAAGCAGGGACAGAGUCGCCAUUUUGCAUGCAAAGGUUCCUAGGUUAAGUCCUUAGCAGCCUCCUCUGUGUAUACCAGUUGCAGGGGAGCAACAGCAGGAGGGAGGGCCUGCCCCUUUCAACUCCUGCCUGUGGGCUUCCCAGAGGCAUCUGGUGGGCCACUGUGGGAAACAGGAUGCUGGACUAGAUGAGCCUCCUUGGGCCUGAUCCAGCAGGGCUGGUCUUAUGAUAACUUCAUGGAGGAGAGGUCUAUCAGUGGCUACUAGUCGGAGGGCUAUAGGCCACCUCCAGCCUCAGAGGCAGGAUGCCUCUGAGUGCCAGUUGCAGGGGAGUAACCGCAGCAGGAGAAAGGACAUGCACGCACCUCUUGCCUGUGGGCUCCCUGGAGGCAUCUGGUGGGCCACUGUGCGAACCGGACGCUGGACGAGAUGGGCCUCCUUGGGCCUGAUCCAGCAGGGCUGUUCUUAUCUGCAGGUGGAAAGCCGCCUGCCUGGAAACUUGGGGGGCUUCUGCCCAUCAGAGCAGACAAUGCUGAGUUAGAUGGAUCAAAGCCUUGGCUCAGUUAGGCAGCUGCAUAUUUUAUUAUUUUAUUAUUUAUUUGAUUUAUAUACCGCCCUUCUAAAAAUGGCUCAGGGUGGUUUACAACAAAAUAAGAACAAUUAAAAUCAAAACUAAAAUGAUUAAACAAUCCUUUAAACAUUAUGGGGCUAUAGGUGAGAGGAAGAGCAUCUGCUUUAAAUGUAGAAGGUCCCCGGUACAGUCCCACUUGACAGUUUCCCCAGAGCGCUGCUGCCAGUCAGAGCAGGCGAGCUAAACAGGCCACAGGUCUGGCCCAGGAUAACAACACAGUCUACCAGGAGCAUCCAGAGUUCAGUGGAAGAGCAUUUGUUUUGCAUGCAGAAAAUUCCAAGUUCAACCGCUAGCUGCAUCUGUAGGCGGGGCUGCUGGAGAGGAGAGCUGGUCUUGUGGUAGCAAGCAUGACUUGUCCCCUUAAGCCAAGCAGGGUCUGCCCUGGUUAAUGCAGUUGAGCUGCUAUGUCCGAAUGCUGGCCACAUUCGGACAUAGCGGCAAACCGCAGGUCCUCCGUUCUGCGCAGGCUUCCUUCGAUGAAUGACGGAAAGCUGUGGCAGCCAAUCAAAGAGGAGAGAGGGAGGAACUUCCUACCCUCAAAUUUGGUUUGUGCAGCUCGCACAAACCGGAGAACGAGGCGCCAGAAUCCGGACGACACGAGGCCGCUUUUUGACCUGAGGUUUUGGCGGCAAAACUGAAUUGCAACCUAAGGUACCAAUUCAGGUUUGGGGGCUAAAACCAAGUGACGAAACUGCAGGCUCACACAUUCAGACAACCAAGAUCUUCAGCCACUGGUAGGUUGUCUCCGGUUUGGCGUUAUGUCUGAAGGCGGCCACUGUUAAUCAGAUCCAGUCUGCGUAAUUAUUGCUUGUACUGAAAUGAAUGCAUGUUGGGACCAGAUGGCAUAUGAGUAAUUUAGUUCAUUCAUUAUGCUCAUUGAUUUUUGUAACAGAGGCAGGGACAGGAGUUCUUUUGUAACACAGCAGAGUACCUGGCCUCUCUCUUCUUUUUAAAACCAUGACAUGACUCAUCCGAUGCUGCAUUCAGUUUGAAGCAGAUAUACAUCCCUAGUAUAUACAACUGAGAACAUGUUAUUUUGGAAGUGUGUGUGUGUGUGGUGGGGAGUUAAUAUUGUAUUUGGAAUGUGCCGCCUUCUUGAACAUUUGCUUGGAUUUUGAAACUGAAAAUCCAGAUUUUGUAAUAUGGAUGUUUCGUGAUUUGGAAGGGGAUAGACAGAUAGAACCAUGGAAUCACUCUGCAAUUGUUCUGUGUAUGCUCCACCCAAGUGUACCUUUUAUAUCUAGCAUGAAAUUCCGGGGGGAAAGAAAAGGUGUUGCAAGUACGAAGCAGAAAGCCACACAUGCACAACACUGGUUGGCAGGUGACUGUGCCGUCACCUAGAAACCACACACCCCUCCCCACCCCACACCCCUCUCACACACACACAUACACAGAAUCAUCCAGCACUUUCUAAAAAUGCUUAUUUUUUAAAAAAAAAAUUAUAAGGUGGUGAAUGAACAGAGAGAUGCAUAACAUUUGUACAGCACUUGUUAAAAAUUAGAAAGAAAACAGCCCACGUAAAGCAACAGGGAGAGAGACCAAGCUGACUGAGCUAUUUCCUUUUAUGUCCAUCUGUCAUGUCAGUUUGCAAGCUGUGAAGAAAGAGGGCUUGGCUCAUAUGAGUUCACCCUAAUGCCUAGUAUACAUGGCCUGACAUCUCCAUAACACCUUAUACUACAUCUGUCUUCACCUCUAAAUCCUUUUUAAAGACAUUGUUUAUGCUAGCUCCUUAUAUAAGACACCUGUCUCCCCCGUAAAACUUUCUGUCUCCACCCUAACACCUUAUAAAAGGCAUUUGUCUUCACUCUCAUAGGAAUUCGAGUGCAGACAGAAGUAAUAUAAAUUACUGUGAAGAUGUAUUGUAUAAGGUGCUAGGGUGAAGAAGAUGUCUGCCUUCACCCUGAAGCAGAUUUGACCUUUGCUAUGCCACUUCUGUGCGUGAAUGGAAACUCAGUUUUAUAUAUGUUUUUAAAGACCUCAAAAUAUCAGAUGGUUCUGUUUUUAGAAACCAGAUAUUCCCACAAAUUGCAUUUGUGUGAAAUGGUGAGACCCACCAUUGGUUUUAAUAAUAUCUAAAAGUCAAGGAAGCCCCCGUUAAUGGAUUUAGAAGGAAAUCCCAGCUUGGUGGAUUCUCUCGGUCUGGCCCGUGACUGGUCAAAUUGCCAAGUCUUUUCAUUGGCAGAAAGUUGGUUUUGUGACUGGAAUGGCGCAGCUGCACCAUAAAUGGCCUCAACUGAUCAGGGGACCCUUCUGCUCACUUGACAAAAAGAUAUUUGGGGGGCGGGAAAAGGGGGAAAGGGGCAGGAUGAGGAAUCCUACUCGAUAAGCCUUUUCAACAUAGGACAACCCUGUUUUGCCGUGACAUGGAAGCAACUUGAUAUAUGUUAUUUAUUGCAGAAUAUAUAGUUGUGUUUUCACCAG